AUGGGCAAAGUUCACGGAUCCCUCGCCCGCGCUGGCAAGGUCAAGUCGCAGACCCCCAAGGUCGAGAAGCAAGAGAAGGCCAAGACCCCCAAGGGCCGCGCCCACAAGCGUGAGAUCUAUACUCGCCGCUUCGUCAACAUUACCCUCACCCCUGGUGGCAAGAGAAAGAUGAAUGCGAACCCAACCGCUUAAAUCGAAUGAACAUCACUGAGGGAGGGGCUCUAUCUCGCUAGGCGUUGAGGACCGGGCAUGGGAAUAUGGGCUCGCUAUCUUUCUAACGGCGCUUGGACUCGGUCGGCAACGUUGCGCUGGUAAUUGCGGUGGCCAUCUUAGCCUGGCAUCAGGGCGCAUCGGCGUUUCGGUCGGAGAAUGACAUGAUGUCCGUUUGGGGCCGACAUCUGGCCAUAGAGUUGAGAAAUUUUAUUGGGGCCGUGUGGCCAUAAUCCAAGAGAUCUCAUAAUCAACACCGGUUUGGAGUUCCUCCCAUGUCUUGAAUGUCUGUCUCUGC